AAUGAUUUAAUCUAUUCCUCUUACUCUUGAUUAAAUUUAUGGUGUUAAUUUUAAAAGAAUACCAAUUCUUUUAGGGGAAAUGGAAGGAACUAAUCCAUUACCAAUUAAUGAGACAGAUGAAGAUUUGUAUUCAGAAUAAAAUUCACGUGAAUAAUAAAAAAGAUCAUUACCACCAUUAUAGAAAGUGGAUAUAAGAAUUAUGGCAGACAAAUAGAAGAGGAGACAAAACGUUCACAAAUCUCCUAUAGUUUCUUCUUAAUUAGAAUAACAUAUAGGGUUUAGAAAUUCAUUUUAUAGGAAUAACAAAAUCAAUUUGGCAUCCAGAUAGAAAAUAGAAGAAAUUAAGAAUAGAGAAUUAGGUUUAUAUACAAAAUAUGCUCAACGAUUCAAUGUACCAAAAUCUUAAAUAUGGAAUUGA